AAAGAAAAUUUGAGUAAAGUGGAUUUCCGUUCUUGGCGUGCUUCCAGUAGACGUCUAGGAGGACUCUCCCGGCGUGAGCGUAGGGAUCUCGCGCUAUAUAGGAGAGUCGGCCCGAGAGCCGGAUUCUCUUUCGCCUCUUCGCUUCCAAGAUGACCAAGAAAAGAAGGAACAAUGGUCGUGCCAAAAAGGGCCGCGGCCACGUGCAGCCUAUUCGCUGUACCAACUGUGCCCGUUGCGUGCCCAAGGAUAAGGCCAUUAAGAAGUUCGUCAUUCGGAACAUCGUAGAGGCCGCAGCCGUCAGGGACAUUUCCGAAGCGAGUGUUUUCGACGCCUAUGUGCUUCCCAAACUGUAUGUGAAACUGCAUUACUGCGUGAGUUGUGCCAUUCACAGCAAGGUAGUCAGGAAUCGUUCUCGGGAAGCCCGGAAGGACCGAACACCUCCACCCCGAUUUAGACCUGCUGGUGCUGCCCCACGACCUCCACCAAAGCCUAUGUAAGGAGCUCAGUCCUUUAAGAGUAAAGAAAUAACUGUUCCCUGGAAAGACAAUAAAGUGGAAAUUAUACUU